AUGGCCACAUUGGCCACACGUCGUGAACAUGUGGAACAUUUCAUUGCCACGUUGGACGAUCGCGAACUGGCCAAGCAGCUGAUCCUACUACGAUUGGCCAAUGUCAAUGAGUUGGAUGAGACGUUACGUGCAAGCCAAAGGAUAAAGAGUCGUCAGUUGAGGACGUCGACAGGAUCGAACAAAUUCCGCCAGCGAGCGAUUGCCUCCCAAAAUUCUACGCCAUUUAAGACUGCUCGGGCGGCGAGGGCAAUCCGUGAGCGGAUCGAAAGUAGCGGAUCGGAAUCGGACUCGAUUGGAUCGGAUGAAGACAAAGAUCGCCGCCAACUUUGUAUGACUACUACAUCUGGUUAA